CAUCACAUAUUAAAAUUAAAAUUUUAAUUAUAAAUUUAAAAAUAUCUGAUAACAUAACCUAUCAUAAUUCUUGAAGGAAACAUACAAAUGUAAACAUCAUAUAAAUGUGACGUAUAAAAAUGUGAUCAUUGAUAAAAAAUGUAAUUGUAUGUAAUAUUGUAAACAUUUAACAAAAACUGUAUAUAAUGGAAAAUCAUUCAAUUCGUAUAAAUUAUACAUUAACACCUCGUGAUACAGAACAACCAUUAAUACAUGAUAAUGAAACUAAAAUAUAUGAAGAAAAUAUUAAAAAACACGAAGAUACAACUCUAACAAAUGAAGUAAUGGAUAGUUCUUUUUAUCCCAAAAUUAUGUUAUUUUUACUAUUAUGGUACCUCAUCAGUGGAUGUACUUUAUUCUUAAAUAAAUAUAUCUUAUCUUAUAUGGAAGGCAAUCCUACAAUUUUAGGUGCUUGUCAAAUGUUAAUAACCACAGUUUGUGGAUUUAUACAAAUGUAUUUUCCAUGUGGAAUGUAUAAAGCACGUCCUAGAUUAAUGAGACCAGCAGGUUUUUAUAAGCAUAUGAUACUAGUUGGAUGUACAAGAUUUACAACUGUAGUAUUAGGACUAAUAUCACUUAAUUAUGUAGCAGUGAGUUUCACAGAAACCAUAAAAAGUAGUGCACCACUUUUUACCGUCCUUAUUAGCAGAUAUUUAUUAGGAGAACAUACAGGAUUAUAUGUAAAUUUAUCUUUAAUUCCUUUAAUGGGUGGUUUAGCUCUAUGUUCAAUAAAUGAAAUUAGUUUUGAUCUCAGAGGAUUUAUUGCUGCUAUGGCUACAAAUGUAACAGAAUGCUUACAAAAUGUUUAUUCCAAAAUGUUAAUCAGUGGUGAUAAUUUUAGAUAUACGCCUGCAGAACUACAAUUCUAUACUAGUUUAGCAUCAAUUGUGGUUCAAAUACCAGUUUUGAUAUUAUUUGUAGAUUUACCAACACUUGAACAUUCUUUAAGUUCUAAAUUAUUCAUAGCAUUUCUACUUAAUGGAGUAUUUUUUCAUUUUCAAAGUAUUACUGCAUAUGUACUUAUGAAUUACAUUAGUCCUGUAACACAUAGUGUUGUUAAUACUGCAAAGAGAGCUUCUUUAAUUUGGCUCUCUGUUUUACUAUUUAAUAAUCCAGUAACUAGUUUAUCAGCUAUGGGAACAUCUUUAGUAAUAAUAGGAGUAUUAUUAUAUAAUCGGGCACAAGAAUAUGAUAAAUUAAACAAAGCAAAAUUACGAUAUAAUUCUAAAGUUAAUUUACAAUAAUAUUAUUUAUCAAAAUCAUUAAAAUUUGAAAUUUGAUAAAAAAAAUAUCUGCAUAAUGCAAAAUUUAAAUAACUUUAAUUAAAAAGAAAAUAAAUUAAAUUAAAUUUAGUAUCAAUUUUAUAAUACAAUAUUUUAUUUAUUACAAUAAUUAAAUAUUUGAAAUAUUAAAUAAAAAAUGGCAUAAAA